CUGUCUUUCACUCUUUCUCUUUUACAUAUUGAUUGCUAAUUUAACAUGUCGUCACCCAAGACUGAUGUACGUCGACUGUUAAAAAAACAACAAGCUGAAAGAAAUAAAUUGUCCAAAGUAACACAUCCUUUUGCUAAAUAUGAUGAAACUGGACGACUUAUUUGUAUUGUAUGUAAUGCACCUGUAAAAUCAGAAACCAUUGUUUGGCAAGCCCAUUUGGGUUCUUUACAUCAUCGUGAAAACAUUCAAAAAUUAAAAGCUCUCAAACAAAAACAACAAUUAAAACGACCUGCUUCACCAUCACCACCACCACCACCACCUUCAUCAUCAUCAUCAGCUAAUCAUGACAGUAGUAACAAACGAUUGAGGAUGGAAGAAGAGGACCUAGAGGUAAAUGAAGACGCUAUCGAAGACGAAGAAAUGGCUUUACCAUCUGACUUUUUUGAUAAUACACAAGAACAACAACCACAAGAAGAAGAAGAAGAAGAACAAGAACAAGCAACAGUCUAUAAUCCAAAUGGACUUCCGGUCGGAUUCUUUGAUAAUCCAGAAGCAGAUACUGAGGUUCAAGAUACAGAAAAAAUCAAGGAAGAAUUAGAUAAAGAAAUGGCUUUAUUUAAUCAAGACAUGAUUGAAGUUACAAAGGAAUCAAGAGAAGUACAAGAUGAAGAUGAUGAACUUCUUUGGAAGGAACGUCAUUUAGAUUUAAUGGUUAGGGAACAAGCUCUAUUUGAUUCAAGGGUUGAAAAAUUAAAACAAAUGCGUCGUCAAGAGGGAAAGGCUGUAAUAGAAGAUCAACGACAGUCAUUAAGACAAGACAGUGAGGAUGAUAUACGAGUAGAACUUAAAUCAAGUGUGAGGGAAAUUCUAAAGAAAAGUAAUAAAUUUACAGAAAGAGAAGCAUCUAUUUUUAUGGAUGAAGAUGAAGAAGAAGAUAGUGACGAUGAGGAUGAUUGGCGAGCUCAGCAAUUAUAAAUAGAAAUAAAAU